AUGAUGAACAAGGCGGGGAAGAAGGAUACCCGCAAUAGUAAAACGCCCCCCGAUAGGAGAAGAACAAAAACUUUUGAGCAGCCUUCCUCUCCAGUUCCAGAAGAGCCAGAGCCUGUGAGCUGUGUCCUGCAAGGAGAUGAAAUCCAAGCUCUGGCAAUCAAGUUGGAAGACCUUAAAAAACUCCAUCCUGAACACCCUCCUGAAGAAGAGGUGAAACCUUCCGUAACUAAGAAGUUCCUCGUUCGUAAAUCCAAGCCCCAAACAACAGGGAAGAAAACACAUUUCCUGGUUGCUUAUCCAGCUGUCCCAGAUGAAACCAAGAAAACACUGCGUUAUUCUGGUAUAGAAGGACCAAUAGUUGAUAACUAUGGACACAUCCUGUCCCACAGCAUCUUAGGAACCCUCCAGGAAUUCAAGAAAGAAGCCUUAGCAAGAGGACAUUCUCAUGUAUCUGCAAUGAUUCCUGACUCACCGCAGACGACCAGCACCGUGCCAGUUUGGUGGAGGAACAGAGCAAAACACGACGAAACAGAGAAAGCCACCCUAGCCUCUUCAUCACAGCACAUGGCCCUUCAGAACUGGCAUCGGAACAUGGCACUCAGGAAGAGACAACAGAAAGGGCUGUGUGAAAAACUUCAGAAAUCAGAAAGCGAGCUGCUGAUGAACUUUUCAGACAAUUACAGGCAAAUCCAGGAGGAGCGUACUUUAAUUGAUUGCUGUCUCCCUGCUCUUUACCCUGGAAAGGGCCACCAUGCAGGGAGUGAAUUUUGGAGCCAGCCUGUGUGUAUUGGAGAUGAACUCACAGGUCUGAUGGUGACACUGGGCCAGAGUGAACGUGGCUUCCCGGAACCAGUGACUCAUGUUGGGAGACCACACAGCAUCUGGAUGGAGAUGGGUACCAGACCUCCAAAGUACCUCCCUUUUCAUUGCAGCUGGGAAAAGAGCCUCUUUCUAAUGCAUCGACGAAAGGAGUUAAAAGAGAUCUUAGAAAAAAUGGACUUUUAUCGCCCGGAUCUGGAUGGCCUAGAAGUCAUAGGCAGAAAUCAGCCUUUUGUCAAUGUAUCAGCACAAGGUUUUGUGGCCUCUGAUGACAUUAAAGAAUCUUAUGAACGAAGAGAAAUCCAGGAUCCAUUAGAGGCAUAUCCGGAUGUAUUUCUAGAACCAGUGUUGGGCCCAUCUCUGAUGUUCUGUGAACAGCCAGCUCGCUGGAUCAACAACUCUUCUCAUCAGGGUGAAAUUGGCAUUGCUGCUCGGGUCACCUUUGAAAUCUUGGUAGGUGAAAAAGCUGAAUCAUGGCUCACAGUGAGCAACAAUGGUACAGCAGCCAUCUGGUAUGAUUGGAGGAGGCAGUCUCAGCCUUUAACCUUUCAGGAGAAGAAGACCAGAAUGCAAUAUUUUUACUUCAACACCAGAUCCGGUGUUAUCUUGCCUGGAGAAACCAGGAAAUUUUCCUUCAUCUUCAAAUCAUUGAAUGCUGGAAUCUUCAGUGAAACCUGGGAGUUUGGCACUCACCCUGUGUUAUUAGGGGGAGCUGUGUUGCAGGUGACCCUCUGGGGAAUUGCUGUGUAUGAAGAUAAAACUGCAGGGCUUAGGGAGGACCUACAGCAAGAGAUAAAAGCCCGGGAAAUUGCAGUUAUAGUGGAGGAGAAUCUGAAAGUCCUGCUUCAUCGAAUUCGUACACCACCACUAACACCAUCUCCUAUGGAUGCAUAUGUCUCGGAAGAAGAGUUAUUCCAUAGCAUGAACCCAGAGUUACACUACCAGCACCAAGUGGUGAAGGGGCUUCAUGAACUGUGGGACAAACUCAUGAAUCCUCCUCGAGCUACAGAUGAAGGGGGCUCACAGCUGAAGAAUGCGGAUGAACUCUCCCGACCAAAGAGCGCUCCGGAGUUGCAACAGAAAAGUCCUGUGGAAGAUACAAGCAAGAGUAUCUCCCCGGAUGUUUCGGGAGCACGGAAGUCAGUGGUGGAAGAGAUGAGCCACUGGAGUGUCCCUGAUGAGGAGGAGGAUGUGAAUCGUGUGGAGUGGAAUCUUUCCAUCACAGAUUUGAGACAGACUUUGCUGGCAAUCCCUGUGGAAAAUGAGCGAGAAGCUGCUCUGGCCCAACUUAAUAAAGCUGCACUGGAGCUUUGUAAUGUACAGAUACCACCACAGACUGACCUCAUGUACCAGAUUUGUUUCCAGUUGUGGCGUGAAGUAAUUGAUGGUCUAGUGAGCCGUUCACUAAUGCUGAGGUCCCUGCUUGGUAUGCCUGAGAAGGACACUUACACAGAAGUCCCAGAGGAACCAGCUGAGAUGAAACCAGUUCUUCUGAAGGGAGGGAAGGAAGAACGGAGACUUCAGAAAGAAGAUAAAAAGUCUGCUGGGAAGGAGGAAAAAAAAGGAGGAAAGGCAGGCAAAGAGUAGGAACGUCCAAACAGCAAGAAAUUGAAGUCCAAGGAAGAGCGAAAACUGAAAACUUCCACCAAGGAGCCAAGGGAUCACACCCCUUUCCCAUUAGACCGUGUAGAAUCAGAAGCUGCCCAUUCUCGACAUGAACACGUGGACCCAGUUGUGCAGGAAAAAUACCAUGAGAAACUUUAUGUUGAAGUCUAUGGAUUACUGAAUUCAAUGCUAAGCAAAAUGCUUUUUCUCUUUGAGGAGCUGAAGAAGGAAGCUCUAGAGAAGAAGAAGAAAGCAGUUUUUGGUUCUGAUUUCAGAAUGAAAUAA